ACAAAAAAAUUCUCAUGACAGCACUAGAGAAUCACCAACUGUUCUUAUAAAUUGGCAACAGAAUCAAGUGUAAACUCAUACCACAUACUCAGAGUUUUGUAGAUAUGGAUUCAUUUGCUAAGAUUAAGCCAUACCUUGCUGCUAUUUUCCUGCAAGUAGGUCUUGCAGGGAUGGAUGUCCUGUCUAAGGCGGCACUGAACCAGGGGAUGAGUAACUACGUGCUUGUUGUCUACCGCCAUGCAGUUGCCACCAUUGCCAUGGCCCCCUUCGCCGCCAUUUUUGACAAGAAGGUUAGGCCAAAGAUGACAGUUGCAAUCUUCAUCAAGAUAAUGGUGCUCGCCUUAUUGGAGCCAGUGAUUGAUCAGAACUUAUACUACGUGGGAAUGAAAUACACAACAGCGACCUUUGCAUCUGCUAUGUACAAUAUUCUCCCUGCCAUCACCUUUCUCUUAGCUUGGAUCGUUAGACUUGAGAAGGUCAAGAUCAAAUCAAUCCACAGCCAUGCUAAGGUGGUCGGGACGAUAUCAACAGUAGCAGGAGCAAUGGCGAUGACAAUGAUGAGAGGACCCAGGAUCCCAUUAAGUUGGACAAAAGAAGGCACAGCACAUGAACAAGCAACAAAUGGGACUGAUGUCCAUAGUUCACUUAAAGGUGGUCUAAUGAUUACUGCUGGCUGCUUCAGCUAUGCUUGUUUCGUGAUUCUGCAAGCAAUGACACUAGAAACAUACCCAGCCGAGCUCUCUCUUACAGCUUGGAUUUGUCUUAUGGGCACGGUUGAGGGAUCCAUUGUGGCCUUAGUGAUGGAAAGGGGGAAAGCCUCUGUCUGGGCUAUUAACUGGGACACCAAAUUAGUCACAGCUAUUUACAGUGGAAUUGUCUGUUCUGGGCUUACUUACUACAUUCAAGGAUUAAUAAUGAAAGAUCGAGGGCCUGUUUUUGUGACUUCUUUUAGCCCACUAUGCAUGGUUAUCGUAGCUGGCUUGUCCUCCUUUAUUUUGGCUGAACAAAUGUUCUUCGGAAGGUUAAUCGGUGCCAUUAUCAUAAUUGUGGGGCUGUAUCUUGUGCUGUGGGGAAAAAGCAUAGAUUACAAAUCGUCCUCACCAACCUUGGAGGAGGACAUAGAAACAUCUAAAUCGAAAACAGAAGAAACCUUUCAUCAUGAAGUCAUCAACAUUGAUGGGACCAGGGAUGGGAAAUCACCUGAGAGUGGUAAUCAGAUUAUUGUCUGAUCUAGCAGCUUUGAAUUCAAGGCAAUAUCAUCACUUCCAAGGCGACAAUGGCACUAUACUUAUCCAGACAUAAUCCAAUAAGAUAGUGGUUGAUGAUGCAGAGUAUCAUACUGGGAAGUGACAUGUGGGAAUAUCAGGCAGGAUUUGAUUACUCACUCCCACCAGAUUAGUGCCAGUACUGUUAAUGGAUGUGAUUCCAUUUUUCCUACAAGUAAUUAAACUAAUUAAAUUUUCAUAAUUUAUACAAGGUGCCAUCCCAACUACUCCCUCUGUCUCAU